AAGGGAGUGAAAGGCAUCCAAGGGGAUAAGGGCGAUCGAGGAGAGGUGGGGCCUAUGGGAACACAGGGAGUGACAGGCUUUGCGGGGGCUCUUGGCCAGAAGGGUGACGAGGGACAGAGAGGAGUUCCUGGUGACCCAGCCAAAGGGAUCCUUGGUCCCACAGGAAAGAAGGGUACCAGGGGUGACAUUGGUCCCAUCGGUCCAACUGGACCCCAGGGAGUAAAAGGGGUCCAAGGAGUCAAAGGAGAGAAGGGUAGUCCUGGGUUCGGCAUUCCUGGACAGCAGGGACCAAAGGGAGAAAAUGGUGAAAGGGGAAAUGUUGGCUUGUCUGGGAAACCUGGACCCAAGGGGCACGAUGGCUCUAAAGGGGCAGGGGGAACUGUUGGGGUCCCCGGGAAUCCCGGAGCACCAGGUCUAAGAGGUAAAGAUGGUGUGCCUGGAAUCAAAGGAGAAUCAGGACUACGGGGAGAGCAGGGACCAGCAGGUGAGCCUGGUGAGAGGAACAAGGGGCCCACUGGGGUUACCGGGACGACCAGGGACCCAGCAGAGAAAGGAGAUACCGGGAACAUUGGUUUGCCUGGAACGGAGGGAAAGAAAGGAGAGCCUUAUUGUGAUGGUGAUGCAGGACUGCUCAGCUCGCACAGUGUGUUUACGAGCCGCUAG